AUGUCUUGUUUGCUGAGUACAGCUUUUACCGAAUACCGACGACGGCGAGUAAGUGAUUGUUGUUGUUCACAAUUUUUCUCAAAUAAAAGAAGAAAUUAUCAGGCUUUUCUAAGUUAUUUUAAUAUUUCAUUAAUUAUUACUUUAUCUCUUGAGCCUUUUCCAAUUCCACGCUGUACUUCUACUAGUACAUACCAAGUCUAAGCUAUACCUGGUACAGCCAUAAAGAUGAGGUGCCUCCAUAAAUCUCAUCUCCUCUUAGUAGUCAUUGCAUUGUUGUCUGUUCAUGAUGUGUCAACAACCUCAAAUGAAAAUAAUGAUGGAACAAUAACGUGGGCUCCAUUGCCGACAGGAAAAUCCUACAAUGACAUAGACUUUGAUCCAAAGUUUCCAUUGACGACAACAUGGAAUUCAAUAGAUGGUUUUCUGAAAUUUAUAUCACCUGGUGAUCCACCAUAUGAUAUAAUCAGUGAGGCCAUUGGUGGCGAGUUUGAAACAGAGGAUUACAAACCUGUGGAUUAUUAUAAUAAGUUCAAAGACAACAUACUUGGAUUCAUUGUCUGCUUUGCCGUUGGGAUCAUCUUCAUCAUUGUGUUCCCAAUCAUUGCUCUGUGCUUUUGCUGUUGCCGUUGCUGCUGCAACAACUGCGGCGGAAGAAUGGAACAGAAAUCACCAUCCACUUGCAAAUGUUAUGUCUUUGGGUUCAUCUUAUUGAUAUGCUGUGCUUUUAUCUUGGGUGGUGUUGGCACAGCAUACACAUUAAAUGGCUACACAGCUGAUGCUGUUAAAACUUUUGCUGAUGACAUCAACAGCAACAUCGAUAAUAUUGUGACCUUUGUUAAAAACACAAACGACGAACUUGGAUUUAUUGUUGGAGAUCAGUUAAACUAUACUCUUGAACAAAUAAAGAUUGACCUUAAUGAUAUUGGAGACUUAGUUGGUGUACCCGUGCGAGAUAGGUUGAGAGCUGACGUCGGGCCUGCGAUAACGGCUGUCAAAGAGCUCGCUACUAGUAUUGAUGAUACUUACAAUCAGUUGGCUCUUGUGAACAGUACUCAAAAUGAGCUUGCCGUCCUAUAUGUUGCCUUUAAAACUGCCAUUGAUCAAGUUAGAGCUAAUUUUAGUACAGACUGUACCAGCUGCACAUGCUGUGGCAGUGCAGGUUUCCCAGACUACAAUACCUAUUUUGUGUCAAAUGUUGACUAUCAAGAUCUUGGUGUUGAUUCAGGGGUAUUCCCACAAGUAGCAGUUGAUAAAUCUCUAUCAGAAAUGAAAAAUUUGGUGGAUGAAGAUCUUGCAUCUACGGCAGCCAAAGGUGAACAGACAUUUGAGGAUAUUCCAGAGACUCUGACAAAUACUACUCAGUCCGAUAUUGAUUCAAUUUCUGACAAUAUUGACGGCUUCCAAGAUGAUAUUUCGUCAGCUGUUGAUGAAUUGACCUCUGAACUAGAUAAACUUACAGAUUAUGCAGAAGAUUGGUCAAAAGAUGUCGAUGACAUUGGUGAGACAGCUAAUGAUUACGACAAGUACCGUGUGUAUGCCAUGGCUGGACUCUUUGGCAUUAUACUUCUAGUACCUGUGAUCUGGUUAGUUGGUAUUGUAUUGGGCUUUAUGUGUGGUUCCAAAGAUGCACUACCAACUGAACGUGGGUGUUUGUCCAACUGCGGCGGAUGUUUAUUGAUGACGGGAGCAGCAAUUGUGUUUAUAUUUGGCACUUUCUUCAUGCUUCUAACGUCAUUCCCUUUCAUCAUUGGCGGCCCUAUCGACCGCCUUUUCUGUGAUCCAUUCCAGUCUGGUGAAGCCUUCAAACAGACAGUUGAUAAAAAGGGAGCCAUUCCUGGCGUAGCAGGGUACUACCUGGCAGAUCAGUUACUCAACAACAGCUCUAUUGCCUUGACAGUCACUGGACUUCUCGAGUCGUGUGAGAAAAAUGUAGCUGUUUAUACAGCUUUUGACUUUGAAUAUUUAGUGAACAUAUCUGAAUACCUUGAUUACAAAAAGUACAUUCCCGAUAUUGACAGUGAAUUUGAGAACAUUACUGGUGACUUUAGCAACAUUGAUAUUCUACCAGCGAGUGGUAAGAAAACACUUGAAGAUUUUGCCAACUCAAGCGUCAUAUCUAUCAACUUCACGCUUUUCAGUAAUGAGUUGGACAAGGAUAUCACUAAUGAUAGUAACAAUGCUAAUGACCUUUCUGUCUCUGCUGGCGCUAUAACUACGUACAUUUCCACACAUAGCUUUACUGGGAGUAAUGCUGCUGCUUUGAAUACAAUGGCAACUUAUCUGACUGACCUGCAAACCAAUUACAUUGACCCAAUGAUUGCAAAGAAGAAUGAACUUAAGACUGCAUUGAGUGGCUUAGAAGGUAAAACUAGCCAGAUUGAGUCAAAGGUCAAUGACACUCUUAAAAAGAGUGAGGAAGCACAGAAAAACAUUGAUGACAACAUAAAUUCAUAUGUUACUAAUCAAGUAACAUCUUUCAGUGACCGUAUCCUUCGUUAUGUUGAACAAUAUGUUAACUAUGUUAAUAAACAGGUACAAAAUGAAAUUGGACGUUGUUUACCAGUAUACAACUUUUGGAAUAAUUCCUUGGAUCUUAUCUGUGUGUCAUUGCUGCAAUCAUGGAAUUCGCUUUGGUUUUGUAUUGGAUGGUGUUUGUUCUUCAUGAUAUUUGGUCUCAUCUUCUCCGUCAAACUUGCCAAGUAUUUCAGAAAGAUGAAAUACUGUGAUGAUACGUAUCCGGGAAUGGAAAUGACACAAUCAUCAUACGGAGGAGGUUUGAGCUCAAACAAGGUCCAUCCUCAAAGAAACGGCUAUGCUCCAUCCCAAGAUCCUGUCCACCCCACUGCUGAUGUUGAAGCCUGGGAUAGGCAACAGCAAUAUGUAGCCUUGCAUAGAUCCUACAGCGAUGCCACGGUCACCAUGUACGAGACAGUUGAUACUGAUGAUAGAGGAACAAAGGAAUCACUUCCAAUAUCUAUACCAGUUACAUACAAUGAAACACAACAACUGCUGCAACCACCAACCUAAUUUUGAUGAAGAUACUUAAAAAUUUUGGCUGUAUAUAUGUAGAUGAAUGAAGACAGGAAAUAAUAUACAAAAAGUUCAUUGAUGAAUUGCUGAUUAUGAUUGACUAGCCAUUUGAUAUGUUGUUCUCACCUACAUUUAACCACAGAGAAUUAUUGAUAAACAUUUUACUACAAGUCAAAUUGUAGUUGGCAAGAGGGUUGAAUGCUGCUUGAUGAAUUGUUUUAAUUGCUUUAUAAUUUAAUUGUUGUUGGUGUAGGCAUAAAAUAAUAGUUAAGAUAACCAGGCAUGUGUUAUAUGGGUAUUUUAAAUAACUUGAUCCUCACUUUCAGAUCCAGAAAUUAAAAAGUAGGGGGUAUAUGAUUACUUUGUACAGUAAAAACAAAGAAUUUGGGUUGUUGCAAUAUAAGGGAAUGAAGAAAUA